AGCCCGGCCCGGCCCGGCCCGGCGGAGGAUGUGAGCGGAGCCGGGCCCGGGCCUGCCGGAGCCGCACCGGAGCGGGCGGAGGUGGGUCCUCGCAGCCCCGGGAUGAAGCUGAAGAAGCAGGUGACGGUGUGCGGAGCCGCCAUCUUCUGCGUCGCCGUCUUCUCCCUCUACCUGAUGCUGGACCGAGUGCAGCACGACCCUGCCCGGCACCAGAGCGGGGGCAACUUCCCACGGAGCCAGAUCUCGGUGCUACAGAACCGCAUCGAGCAGCUGGAGCAGCUGCUGGAGGAGAACCACGAGAUCAUCAGCCACAUUAAGGAGUCGGUGCUGGAGCUGACGGCCCACGCGGACGGGCAGCCGGUGCUGCUACCCUACCGCACACCCAACGGCUCCUGGGUGCUGCCCCCCGAGAGCCGGCCCAGCUUCUUCUCCAUCUCCCCACAGGACUGCCAGUUCGCACUGGGGAGUGGGGGCCAGAAGCCAGACCUGCAGAUGCUGGCCGUGGCCUCGGUGCUGCCCUUUGAUAACCAGGAUGGUGGCGUGUGGAAGCAGGGCUUUGACAUCACCUACGAGCCCCACGAGUGGGACACAGAGCCCCUGCAGGUGUUCGUGGUGCCACACUCCCAUAAUGACCCAGGCUGGAUCAAGACCUUUGAGAAGUACUACGCAGACCAGACGCAGCACAUCCUGAACAGCAUGGUGCUGAAGCUGCAGGAGGACCCGCGCCGCCGCUUCAUCUGGUCCGAGAUCUCCUUCUUCUCCAAGUGGUGGGACAACAUCAGUACCCAGAAACGUGCUGCGGUGCGCAGGCUGGUUGGCAGUGGGCAGCUGGAGAUGGUGACGGGCGGCUGGGUGAUGCCCGACGAGGCCAAUUCCCACUACUUCGCCAUGAUCGACCAGCUGAUUGAGGGGCACCAGUGGCUGGAGAAGAACAUCGGUGUGACGCCGCGGUCCGGCUGGGCCGUCGACCCCUUUGGGCACAGCGCCACCAUGCCCUACCUGCUGAGACGCGCCAACCUGACCAGCAUGCUGAUCCAGAGGGUGCACUACGCCAUCAAGAAGCACUUCGCUGCCACCCACAGCCUGGAGUUCAUGUGGAGACAGACCUGGGACCCAGACUCCAGCACUGAUAUCUUCUGCCACAUGAUGCCCUUCUACAGCUACGACGUGCCCCACACCUGCGGCCCUGACCCCAAGAUCUGCUGCCAGUUUGACUUCAAGCGCCUGCCGGGAGGCAGGAUCAACUGUCCAUGGAAGGUGCCACCCAGAGCCAUCACCGAGGCCAAUGUGGCCGAACGGGCACACCUCUUGCUGGACCAGUACCGCAAGAAGUCCAAGCUGUUCCGCAGCAAGGUGCUGCUGGUGCCUCUGGGAGACGACUUCCGCUACGACAAGCCCCAGGAGUGGGACGCCCAGUUCCUCAACUACCAGCGCCUCUUCGACUUCCUCAAUGCCCACCCCAGCCUGCACGUGCAGGCGCAGUUCGGGACCCUCUCCGAUUACUUUGACGCUCUCUCCAAGAGGACUGGGAUCGUCCCUGGGAAGAAGCUGCCCGGCUUCCCAGUGCUAAGCGGGGACUUCUUCUCCUACGCGGACCGGGAGGACCACUACUGGACAGGCUACUACACCUCCCGGCCCUUCUACAAGAGCCUGGACCGCGUGCUGGAGGCCCAUCUCCGGGGCGCAGAGAUCCUGUACAGCCUAGCGCUGAGUCACGCCCGGCACGCUGGCAUGGACAGCAGAUACCCGCUCUCAGAUUACGCCCUGCUGACCGAGGCCCGGCGUGCCCUGGGGCUCUUCCAGCACCACGAUGCCAUCACGGGCACCGCCAAAGAGGCCGUCGUGGUGGAUUACGGUGUGAGGCUGCUCCACUCCCUGGUGAACCUGAAACGCAUCAUCAGCAAUGCCGCACACUACCUGGUGCUGGGCGACAAGGAGUCCUAUCACUACGACGCCGCAGGGCCCUUCCUUGGCAUGGACGACAUGCGCCUCAACCAGGACGCGCUGCCUGAGAAAACCGUCAUCAAGUUGGACACAUCGCCCAGGUUCGUGGUGCUGUUUAACCCGCUGGAGCAGGAGCGGCUCAGUGUGGUCUCACUGCUGGUGAACUCCCCGCGUGUCCGUGUGCUCUCUGAGGAGGGGCAGCCUCUGGCCGUCCAGCUCAGCGCCCAGUGGAGCUCAGCCACAGAUAUGGAGCCCGAUGUCUACCAGGUGUCCAUCAUGACCCGGCUGCCAGCACUGGGCCUCAGCGUCCUGCAGUUGUACAAGUCGUUCGACAGCCACAGCACGCUGACAUCGUCUGUGCGCAUCCACCUGCACGGGCGUGACCUGCCAGUGCGCCCGCGCGAGGUCUUCCCUGUGCGCGUCGUCCCCGCCACCUCUGACGACUUCUGCCUGGACAACCAGCACAUGCAGGCCUGCUUCUCGGGCCUCACUGGCCUGCUGCAGAGCGUCCGGCGGGCUGGGGAGGAGCACAGGCUGAGCAGUGAGUUCCUCAUCUAUGGCACCAGGAGCGCUAAGGACAAGAGUGGGGCCUACCUCUUCCUGCCAGACGGCGACGCCAAGCCCUACGCCCCCAAGGAGCCGCCCGUGGUGCGGGUGACCGAGGGACCCUUCUUCUCGGAGGUGGCCAGUUACUACCAGCAUGUGCAGCAGGUGGUGCGGCUCUACAACGUGCCAGGGGUGGAGGGUCUGUCCCUGGAUGUGUCCUGCCUGGUGGACAUCCGCGACCACGUCAACAAGGAGAUGGCCCUGCGCCUCAGCACCAGCAUCGCUAGCGAGGACACCUUCUUCACCGAUCUCAACGGCUUCCAGAUCCAGCCUCGCAGGUUCCUGAAGAAGCUGCCUCUCCAGGCCAACUUCUACCCCAUGCCAGCCAUGGCCUACAUCCAGGACAAGCAGAGCCGCCUGACCCUGCACACAGCCCAGGCCCUGGGGGUGUCCAGCCUGCACAGCGGCCAGCUGGAGGUGAUCCUGGACCGGCGCCUCAUGCAGGAUGACAACCGUGGCCUCGGCCAGGGGCUGAAGGACAACAAACGAACCUGCAACCGCUUCCGCCUCCUGCUGGAGCGCCGCACCACGGCCAACAAGGUGCAAGACAGUCGUCCAAUCAGCUUCCCCUCUCUGCUGAGUCACAUGACCUCCAUGCACCUGAACGCCGAGGUGCUGGCGAUGCCUGUUGCUCAGGAGAAGCCAGCGCCCCCGGCCCUAAGGUCCUUCCGGCCCCUCUCAGCCACCGUCCCCUGUGACUUCCACAUCCUCAACCUGCGGACCCUGCAGGCAGAGGACGACUCGCUGCCCUCGGCGGAGAUGGCGCUGAUCCUGCACCGCAAGGGCUUCGACUGCGGCCUGGAGGCCAAACACCUGGGCUUCAACUGCACCACCAGCCAGGGCAAGUUCUCCCUUGGGAGCCUGUUCCACGGCUUGGAGCUGGGGUCCCUGCAGCCCACCUCGCUGACACUGAUGUACCCGCUGGGCACGGCCUCCCCCAACAGCACUGUGAUCCACAUGGACCCCAUGGAGAUCGCCACCUUCCGCAUCCACUUUGGGUAGCCCCCGGCGGCCAGGAGAGGAGCAGGCCAGCUGCGCAGCGUCCUGCUGGGAGACAUCCCCUGCCGGGGUGGGGCGGGGGGAGGGAGCUCCCUCGGGCUGUGGCUUGGGGGCGGACACUGCACGGGAUGCAGACGGACUCGCAGGAGCAGCUGCCUCCAUUAUUUAUUAAUCUGCGUUUUAAAUAAUAUUGCAAAUGGCCAAGUGUGGGGGCUGGGGCACGGCCCCAGCUGCGCGGCAGAUCCCAGGCCGCUCCCAGUGCUCAGCCUGGCACUGCCGACGCUGCAGCUGGAGAACGCUGCGUUCUCGGUGGCCAUGCUGCUGACUCAGCCAGGAGGCAGGUUGCAGCUUCCCCAGUCCAUGUCCCACCUCUCCCCGUCCCCUCGCCCCAUGUUGUGGGGUAACCGGGCAGGUGCUGGAGCCUGCUGGACUGCAGGGGUCUGAGUGGAACCCUGCUGCGGGCUGGGUGAGAGGUGUCCGGGGGUGCGGCUCUAAUGGACACUCUGUGGAACUGGAGACUGAAUUUCUCUGAGUUUGUCGUGAGCUUUUAGGCAAGAAAAGGCCUGUUUGCACCUCCCGCCUUGUGUCUGGUUUGUGGCUCUUGCUGCUGGUUCCAGCGUGUGGGGAGAGCCCUGACCUGGGCUGGGGGGGUAAGAUCCCGGGGCUGGGAGUGCUGGUUCUGGGCCUGCAGGAGGCAGGAGCUCCAAGGGCCUCCGCCCCCUGCCCUUCAGCUGAUGGGAUGCUCCCCCUUCCGUUUCCUGCACUGUGGGGUUCUCCCGCAGCUUCUAUUGACGGAGCCCACAGGGUCAGGGAGGGAGGGUUCUCCUGCCCCCCCUGCCCCCUCAGAGCCUGCAGCCCCGCCCAGCAGGGGGUGCUAGGAGCGAGUGCCCCUCCCCCAGCCCAGGCCCCUCCAGCCCCCGCCCAGGAGGGGGUGCUAGGAACCAGUGCC